UUUUAUCAGUUGGGUCCAGAGAAAGGUGUGAUCCACCUCGCCACCUCUGCAGUUCUGAACGCCGUGUGGGACCUGUGGGCGAGGGCGGAGGGCAAGCCACUGUGGAAACUCCUUGUUGACAUGGAUCCAGAGCAGAUCGUGUCGUGCAUCGACUUCAGAUACAUCACUGACGCGCUGACGGAGAAGGAGGCUCUGGAAAUACUCGUGAAGGCACAAGAGGGGAAGCAGCAGAGAGAGGAUCAGAUGCUGAGGGAGGGUUAUCCUGCGUACACCACCUCCUGUGCCUGGCUCGGAUACUCAGACCAGCAGCUCAAACAGCUCUGCACUGACGCACUUAAAAGCGGCUGGAGCAAGUUUAAGGUGAAAGUCGGCGCCGAUCUCGAGGACGACAUCCGCAGGUGUCGACUCAUCCGGGAAAUGAUUGGACCAAACAACGUGUUGAUGAUCGAUGCCAACCAGAGGUGGGACGUAGGCGAGGCCAUCAGCUGGGUGAGCAGCCUCUCUGAGUUCAAACCUCUUUGGAUCGAAGAGCCCACGUCUCCAGACGACAUCCUGGGCCACGCUACCAUCUCCAAGGCUUUGGCUCCGCUCGGGAUUGGAGUGGCAACAGGGGAGCAGUGUCAAAACAGGGUGAUGUUUAAGCAGUUCCUCCAGGCCUCGGCGCUGCAGUUUGUCCAGAUCGACAGCUGUCGGCUGGGCAGCGUCAACGAAAACCUGGCUGUGCUGCUGAUGGCCCACAAGUUCCAGGUGCCCGUGUGUCCUCACGCUGGGGGAGUCGGUCUGUGUGAGCUCGUCCAGCAUCUGAUUCUGUUCGAUUACGUCUGCGUGUCUGCGAGUCUCAACAACCGGAUGUGCGAAUACGUGGAUCACCUCCACGAACACUUCACCAGCCCUGUGGUGAUUCAGGACGCCCACUACAUGCCCCCAAAGGAUCCAGGCUACUCCUGUGAGAUGCUGGAGUCGUCCGUGCGGAAACACCAGUUCCCUGAAGGCGACGUAUGGAAGCUGCUCGUGAACAAAUGAGGAGUUUUAUCUCCAACGCGUCACCAGAGGCUCUUUUACACGAAUAAUUAGACUUGUCUGAGUUACAUUAUAAAAACCCAGACAGCUGUAAUUUUGUCAAUCUGCACAAUUUCAAUUUUACACUCUGUGAGCUGUUUAAUUACUACA